GUUGUACCAUCCAUUCUUUCCGGAUAUUGCUGCUUCUCGUGCUAUCCGGGGGCUGAUCUCGAACCGUGGCAUAGAUCAAGCUAAGCUCCCACUGAAUGAAUUCAGCAUCAAGCUUCAGGUUCCCUGAUUCUUUGCCUAUCACCGUCAAGAGCUUCUUCACGGUGGUGCUCACCACCGCACCGACUACAGAAGCUAGAACCUCCAUAGUCCCUGUUAAUUAAUCUACUUGCAGCUCUUCGAUUGAUAUCAUGGAUCAGGGAGCUGGGAGCAGAGAUAGAGGUGACAACAGGUGGAUCAUGCAUGCUGGUGGAGCUCUCUCUCCCUCUCUCCCUCCUAGCCAGGCUUCAUAUAGUAGUAGUAAGGGUGUGUUAAGAGCUGUGUGCUCUUCAGAAUUAAGAACUUGACGUAUAUAGUACGCCUACGCAUCAUCACCAUUGAGAUUCUGAUAUGGAUCCGGAUCCAGAGUACUCUGCUGAUUCACUUCAUGGCGGCACGAUGGAUGUUCCUGUUACUGCUUCCCUUGGCAGCAUGGGCCCCCUUCUUCGGCAACUCCAGUACAGUCAGCCCAAGGGGGUUAGUGUGGCUAAGAUCCAGCUUCUUAAGGAUGGCCUGGGGGAACUAUGCAUCUCCCUCAAGAAUCUGUCAGAAUUAACGGCCGAAGAUGAGGAAGACGGUAGCAGUUUCACGGCCAAGUGGUGGAUGAAGCUAGUUCGGGAACUUUGUUAUGACACAGAAGACUACUUGGACGAUCACUCCGGUGCUGGUGAUGCCUGUGCCCGUCCAAGAUCAGCUCGUCGUCUCGGAGGCUUCCGUGUUUGCAGGCAGAACUUGCAGUGGCGCCCCACCCAGAUUGGGGAAAAGGAUCAAGGACGACGCGGCGGCGCCUUCAUCAGAUUACUCAACAACACCUCCACAAGGAGUACAAAUCUGAAGCGGCGAUACCAGACUGCAAUCACUUUCUCAGAACUAAUGGCCCGUGUGGAGGAUGCAAGCGAAAGGCAGCGGGAACUGUUCUUCCAGCUUGCUCCCUGGAAGACCAUCGAACCUGCAGACCAUGACCCUGUCCAUAUGAAGAUCAACACGGCCAGCGGCGGCCAGAGAAGUUUAGUAUUUGGUUUUGAGGAGCCCACCAUGAACAGUCUUAUCGAUUUGCUAGCUUUCGAGGAAGAGAAGCAACUCAAGGUGGUACCCAUCUUUGGACCUGCAGGUGCCGGAAAGUCCACACUUGCAAGAACCUUGUAUGAUAAGUAUCGAGGCAAGUUCCAGUGCUGGGCUUUUGUGCGGAUGUCACGGAACCCAGAUAUGAGGAAACUUCUCACCGGUGUGCUUUCCCAAAUUAAAGCACCACCGGAUUAUGCCGCCUUCUCGGAUGUGCACCAUCUUAUUGACAAUAUCAUCAAACAUCUACAAGGCAAAAGAUUCUUCGUCAUAAUUGAUGAAUUAUGGAGUACAUCUGCAUGGGAUGUUAUUAGCCGUGCUUUUCCUCAUGGUGAUUUUUUCAGCAGAAUAAUAACUACCACACAAUUUGAGGAUGUAGCAUUGGCAUGCUGUGGUUUCCAGUCAGAGUAUGUAUUCAAGAUGAGACUUCUUAAUGAUGAUCAAUCCCGAAAACUGUUCUUCAGUGUAAUCUUUAGGUCGGAAGGUGUUUGUCCUCCAGACUCUCAAGAAGUUCCGUAUAGGAUUAUCAGGAAAUGUGGUGGUUUUCCGCUAGCAAUUCUACAUAUUGCCAGCCUGUUAGCAAGAGAACCUAAGCUUGAGAAAUGGGUGCACAUACAAAAUUCUUUACCUUCCACUUCCGAAGGGUUGAAAGAAGUUGUUAGAUUUAUCUACAAUAAUUUUCCAUCUCGUUUGAAGACAUGCUUGCUAUAUUUCAGUACGUAUCCAGAGGGCUCUGUGAUCAAGAAGGAUGAGUUGGUGAAGCAAUGGGUAGCUGAAGGUUUUCUCGGUGCUGUUGAUGGGCAAGACACAGAGAAAAUUGCAGGGGAUUAUUUUGAUGAGCUUGUCAUCAGAGGAAUGAUCCAAGCUGUGGACACCAAUCAUAAUGGCAGAGUGUUGACAUGUACAGUUCACCAGAUAGUACUGAAUCUUAUCAGGCACAAAUCCAUGGAGGAGAAUUUAGUCAUUACUGUGAACUAUUUUCAAUCAGCUCCAGCACUUCCUGACAAAGUUCGCCGAUUGUCCAUCCAGUUUGGAGGUGCAAAAAGUGCAAAGAUACCAGAAAACAUCAGAAUGCCCCAAGUUCGUUCACUUAUAUUUUGUGGAUUUUUCAAAUGUGUGCCUGCGAUUCUGGAUUAUAGACUUCUUCGAGUCCUUAUUCUUCAUAUUUGGGCUGAUCAAGACGAGACUAGUUUCGAUCUCACUGGAAUUUGUGAACUAUUUCGACUGAGAUAUCUGAAGAUCGAAUGUGAUAUCAUCACCGUUGAUCUGCCAGAUGAGAUUCGAGGGCUACAAUACUUGGAGACACUCCAAGUAGAUGCAAAACUGUCUGCUGUUCCAUCUGAUAUUGUUCAUUUGAACAAGUUAUUGCACCUCCGCCUUCCGAGCGAGUGUAUUCUGCCUCACGGGGUUGGCCACAUGGCAUCUCUUCGCACUCUGGGGUAUUUUGAUCUGGGCAGUAACUCAGAAGACAAUGUGAUAGAUCUUUGCAAGCUGACCAAUCUCCAGGAUCUUCACCUCACCUGUUCUACAGAACAGUCAACUGAAAAUGUGGAAAAUAAUAUGCAACUCCUUGGCUCGAUUCUUGAGAAACUCGGCAACUUGCAGUCUUUAACUCUGAUACUUGCUGCAGGCUCUUCAAGCAUGAGCAUUUCCUGUGAUGGCUUGAUCAGCGCGUUCCCUUCACCAGCCCGUCUUCAGAGACUCGAGUUGCUGCCGCGGAUUUGCAUAUUCUCCAGCCUGCCCAGAAGGAUUGGGGAACUCAGAACGCUAUGCAUUUUGAAGAUUGCAGUUCGGGUGCUCUCGAUGAAUGAUAUUGAUAUCCUCCAAGGAUUGCCUGCACUCACUGCUCUUUCACUCUCUUCCCGGAGAGUUGACUGGAUCAUCUUUGAUAACAGGGGAUUCCGAGUUCUCAAGUACUUCAAGUUCAUGUACACUGCACCAUGCCUGUCCUUUCUGCGAGGAGCAAUGCCCAAUGUCCAAAAGCUCAGGGUAGGCUUCAAUGCUAACAGGAUCAAGCAACAUAGCUGGACAACAUUUGGCUUCAAGCACUUGGCAAGCCUUAGGGAGCUCUCUAUUAAACUUGGGGGCAUCGGUGCCCAUGAAUCUGACAAAAGGACAACAUAUUUGUCUGACAUGAUGGCCACCAUCAACACUGAAAACAGUGUUAGUGUCAACAUAAAAUUUGUUGACCAACUCUAUUAUGAACAAUAUUAUGGUACUCAAGAUGAAGCCCCAGAUCUGCCCCCCAAAAAAGAUGAAGAUGAACACGGCCAAGCUGAUAUCGGGAUUACUGCGCCAUCAGGGUCCUCGCGUCUUCCCAUCACAGACGAUGAAGCGAGGUUGGAAAUUACUGGAGAGGGUGAUCGGCACAGCUUAGACCAAGUGUUUUCAUUGAAGACAUUGGUUUAUGAUAGCACUGAUCGUCUGUUUGUUCCAAUAAGAGGUCAUGGUGAGGUGGAAUCGCAGCUCUCUGCUGAACAUCUCGUGGUCCGGAAAUUAGGUGGUGCUAGUGGGAAGGAAUUGACACAGCUUCUCACCCGCCUCCCAAGGCUCUCCACAUUGGAAAUCAAAUGGUGUGGAAACAUAACACAAGUGGCAGUGGGGGUGACUCUGCAACAAGUAUUGUCAGCAAUAGCAUCAGAUGAUUCAGAUUCAGAGGUGGAGCAGGAGAAAGAAGAAAAUGGGCUGCUGCUCUUCCCGGACCAUCUCUCUGACUCACUAUGCAAGUUGAAAAUCUCUUUCUGCCAAGAGCUGGUCCUGAUGGAGCCACCAACUUUUCUUCCUCCGAGAGCUGCCAACAGAAACAACAAGAUAGAGACAAGAAGAGGAGGGCUUCAAGCCCUGCGGUCCCUGCAGGAACUUGAGAUUUGCGACUGCCCCAUGUUCCUAUCUGCCUACUUGGCUUCCUCUCCUUCCCUUCACAUUUUCCCCUCCUCACUGCAAUCCCUCGUGCUUUUUCUUGUGGAAGGAAUGGAGACGCUGGAGCUACUCUCAAACCUCACCUCUCUCACCAGUUUAGAUUUGCAGUACUGUGGACAGGAUCUGAGAUGUGAGGGCCUGGGGCCUCUCCUUACCGCUGGGAGCCGGCUCAGCAAAUUAAUUGUCCAUGGCAGCCCCAGAUUCUUUGCUGGUUGGGAUCCCAACCCCAGGCAGGUCGUGCUGCAGGAUGAAGGAAGAGAAGAGCAGCAGCUGCAGCUUGUUUCCUCCCCAAGUACAUCCAAACUGCAGGAGCUCGAGACAGAUGAGGUCACAGGACUCCUUGCUGCGCCGAUCUGCAGCCUCCUGUCUUCCUCCCUCACCAAGCUGGAACUUCGUGGGACUGAAGAGAUGGAGCACUUCAGCAAGGAGCAAGAGGACGCCCUUCACCUCCUCGCCUCUCUCCAGGAACUCAAGUUUAUAAUUUUUGACAAGCUUCAGCACCUCCCUGCAGGGCUGCACAAGCUUACUAACCUCAAGAUAUUAGAGAUCAGCUCGUGUCCAGCUGUCCGGUCACUACCAACGGAUGGCCUCCCCAAAUCACUGCGAAAGUUAGAUAUCUGCAUCUGUGGCAAUGAGGAGCUAAAACAGCAAUGCAGGGGUUUAGUGGGAACCAUUUCCGAAAUCUAUGUAGACUGAUCCAAGGCGUCGGCUUUGGAGUCCCCUUGUUCAUUCUUCCAUCCUUGUAGGGCUCAACUUUCUCCACACAUGCAUGACAAGUGGUUACAGCCUGUGUGCUGGCAUUUUGUUCAUAUUGUAUCUUCUCCUGGAGGAUCGGUGGCAAAGUGCUUACAAUUCUUGUCUGUCCCUUUACCAGCAUAUGUACUACUGAAGGUAGCAGCAAUUUGGUCAGCAUUCUCUUCGCAAUCGAUAUAUAGAAUGUUGCUCAUGGACUUGCCUGAAGCCCUGUAGUUUGAUGUUGGAGCAUGAACAUUGAUGAGGACACGGCAGCCCCAUCUUCUCAUAUGCUUAAGCUUGGUUCUUUUAUUAUUGAGGUGCCUUAUGUUGAUCCCAAGAAGGAUGGAGUGAAUCCCAAUUUCAGGACACCUCCAUGUAUAUUUCGAUUUGGCCAAGGGAGCACGGCCAAGGACAUUUAAAAGUAUGGCUCUUGCAUUUUAGACUUGUGUUUUUGUUUUUAUGUUUGAGUUAGGUCCAGAUAGACUUGUUUUUAAUUAUUAUUUUUGUUAGGAGAGUUUGAGUGUUUUUCGGAUUUGGGUCUUGUCCCACCGAACAGGUUUUUGGGCCACCUAUAUAAGGGUGUCGUUGAUCUAGGGUUGAAGGGGAAAAAAACCAUGAGAUUAAUAGAAAAGGUUCUCAUGUCAUGGGAGCACCAAAAUA